AUGGUGCACCGGUUACCACGUCUUCCUUUCCCUCCUUCGAUACAAGUUCAAGAUAUUAUAAAAAAUUUUAUAGCUGCACGAAAGAAUUCCAAGGCCCCUAGUGCCUUUUUUAUUUACAGAAGGACAUAUACUGAAUUCCUUAGGAAUAACUACUAUGAUUUUAAAUCUUUAAAGAAUAAAAUUUCAGUAAUUGCUUCGACUGUAUGGAAGCAAGAACCUCAAACUGUUAAGUAUAAAUAUGAACAACUUUCAGAAGAGGUAGCCAAAGAAUUAAUUGAAACGAUGUUGAAAGAACACGAGAUAGAACGUAUUGAUUACUUGAAAUUUGAUGAUAUCAAAGAAGUAGGCAGAGGUGGCAAUGCAAUUGUUUAUUCUGCGAAAUAUUCCGGAGAAGUGAUUGCAUAUAAAAUGUCUAUAUAUACUGAAAAAUGCAAGUUUGCUAAUAAGUUAAAAUACCUCAUUGCAGCUAACGGCCAUCAAAAUAUCAUUCGGUUUUUGGGAAUUACUACCG